CUUUCGGGUGUAAUCCUGUGCUGUUUGACCCAGAUUAUGUUUCGUCUAAUGAUUUUCAAAAUAUAACAGUCGGGUCAAAAAAGGCAGUCCUGAAAAAAUGUAUUUUUAGUAUAAGGCCCACAUUGACUGACAAAGUAAGUACGAUACAGAGACGCCCAAGGGCUUUCCUUACAAGGACGAUACUGUGUCCUGAUACAUGUGAGAAAGCUGGGGGUCCAGUCAAACAGGAACAUUGUGUUGAUGAGUCACUUAUCGCUAUUAAGCAUUAACAUGAGAGAAAAGACUCUGGAUUGUGGCAAGGCGUCUGUGAGCUGUCAGAAAACUAUAUGAAACUUAAACAAGGUCCCGCUUGGAUUGGUAUCACAGAUCAUCUUUUGAUUGGUUUUUCCUCAAAGAUCUGGAGUUAUCUUUGAGCGAUGCUUUGACAUCAUGCGUGCGAUUCUCAUCUUGAUCCUUUUCCUGGACCAGAGCUUAGAAGCACUGGGCUCGAUGCAGCUGGAGCCCAAACUUUCCACUGUGGUCAAUGGUUCCCGAGCUAGCUUCAACUGUAGCACCACUGCAUUCUGGGACGUCAUGUCAUGGCUGCUGAACGGCAGUGUGUCGCUGACCAUUUCGGCACAGCACGGCGUCCUCGGCAGCAGUGACAGAUUCCACGCGGUGAACCACUCAACGCCGUCUCUCACUGCUUGGGAGUUUGUCAUUGAGAGUGCGGAGCAGAAUGACACUGGGUCUGUCACCUGUGACCUCCAAAAGAUGCAAAGGGAAACUGUGACACUACUGGUCCAAGUGAUUGGGAGCGUGGAAGUCCAGGGGGGAGAUGUUACGAAGAGGCGGGGGGAGAAGUUCUACUUUGAGUGCCGAGUCUUUGGCUGGGACCCCGAGCCCACGGUGCGAUGGAAAGUGAACGGCACCGAGGUGGAGGAGGCCGGUUACAACACCAGCACUGUGGUCUCCGGCGGGCUGCUCGACUCCACCAGUUUCCUAGGCUUCCAGGCAGAAGAGAGUGUCACUGUGGAACGUCUGGCCUCUGUGUCCGCUCUUCAGUCACCCCGAAACAGCAGCGUCUUUCUGAUUGUCGCCAGUGAGCCCGACGUGACUCUGGUAAUUGCAUUCAUCCUGUUUGGGGUCGUGUUUGUCUCACUGAUGGGGUUUGCUGCUGUUGUCUUCAUCUUCACAAGGCAAAGAGAAUCAAAAGCCAGCUGUCGGCAGGAAAUGAGCAGAAAUCGGCGGCAGAGUGAGGGGAACACCAGAGCUGAGGUCUUGGUGGGAGAACUUAAUUUAGGAUUCUCCUUUAAUGGUCAAACAGAUAUCAACAACAGCGGAUUCAGCCGGACAAGCACUGCUAAUCCUUCUGAGACAUUGCCCCCCCGCCUCUACCAGAUGGCCUACGACAACACCGACCCCAACAGCACGGACUCUGGACAAAUCCAGAACACCGAAAGAGUCCGGUACCUCACAGUAGUGUGAUCUAGCAGCAGCCCUGGUUCCACAGAGGACAACUCACUUGGAACAUAAGGUGCUUUUCCUGCAAGGACUGUUGCAAAUGGUAUGUGGUUCCCAAAGACUUUCCUUCAGAUCACAAGAUUGACUAUAUGAAGAAGAAUACAAGGUCCAGUUCCGACACUGUAUCAGUUCUUAACUGUUCAAACAUUUUUCGGGUUGCAAGUUAAGGCUGUGCCUUGUUGCAAGCCAUUUCACAUCAAUAAUUUUGUUAUGGUGACUGCUGAGAUAAUAGGAGCAAGUUUUUAAAACAUUAAGGGACUCCCAUCUGUUGUUCUCAGGAAGGCUUAAGAGGAUUUGAGAUGACUUAUUAGAGUUAUUAGAUUGAGAAAAGUAUUUUACAGAAAAAGCACUGUCUGGCUGCCAUGUGGUGGGUUGAGGAGGGACCCCCAAGUCCAGGCAGCUGAAAACUCUACCCUUGCCAGCCAUUGGCUUGUUUCAGCCCAAGGGAUUUCAAAUGAGCUUCUGAAUGCUCUAGAGGGCAUCUCCGGUCAUGCAAGUUAUCUGUACAACUGUAUUAUUUUUCUUGCCAGGAAUGCAACACAAUCAUCUAUAUAGGAUUUUUUUUUGUCUCCUUAAGUCACAACAAAAAUAUCCACCAAUAUUUGUUUAUAAGUAGAGAAGCUUUUUUUUUUUAACCCCGUGACCUUGUCUAGGAAAGUGGUUAGAAGAUGGAUGAAUAAUGGCUGCUUUGUUUAUCCACAUGAAGCCACAAAAAUCAUUACACUGUUUAAUUUAAGUCCGUCAAACUUCGGCCACUUUUUAAUGAAGCUUUUUGUUCUUAAUUCUGACUUUUCGUUCAAAGGAAAUGCCACAGCUGUUUCAAACGGGUCCUUUUUUGUGUCCCUUACCGAAUAGAAGAUGCCUCAUCUCUGGCAGACAGUUAACUAAAGGUAAUAAAGAUAUAGAUCGAGAAACAAAAUCA